CUCGAGAAUGGCCGAGAGAAAGGAAGAAGACGGCGGCGGAGGCGGCGGCGGCGACGGUUGUAAAGAUAUCACCAUCCCGGAGCUCUCCGGCGUUCAUCAUCAACUGAGAAAUAUGCAGUUCUGUAGCCAGUCUCUAGGUCGCGAUGCCGUUCCAGGGGACGCCACCUCGAAGCGCAAUGACAUUAGCAAGCUCGGCAUCGAUCAAGUAUCCGACCCCUUCUACGAAGAUCCUGCCACCGGAGGUAUCUACGCCUUCAACGACGGUAGCAACGCUGCCCGAUCUUUGUCCUACCCUCAAUUUUGCCCCUCCCUGUCGCAGUUGUCGCAGCAUAAGUGCCCCAAUUCUGUGGAGGAUAUGAGAUUCUCGAACCUUAAUUUUUCUUCGUCUGUACCUACCUACUACUAUCCAAUUGGCGGAUCUCUCGACAGUGUCAUCCCCUUCCCUUUCGAUGGACGGUGCGACAGCGAUGUUUGUUCCAUUUCUGAGAGCGAAGGCAUCCUAACCCUUGAUCGAGCCACGUCGGAGUUUGGUGGUGCACCGGGGACCCUUCCGGAGUUCAUUGGCGCCGGGGGAGGCGCUGGGAUUUUCCGCGUGCCGGUCUGUACAGCGAUGCGCCCUGAUAGGCCUCCAGCGCUGGUGGUACGGCCGCACCCGGCACGGGAUACACAGUUGGGCUCCUUCUUGCGAACUAUUGUCUGCACCAGUUCGCAACUUUGGGCUGCUCAGGAGUCAGGAUUGCGUUUCUGGAAGUUUUCGGAGCUGUUCGAGAGUUGGAACGGGAGACCGGCAAAGCGAGGGGAUGAGGACAGCGCCCCUUUUUAUGAAUCCGACUGCACUUCACCGGUACUUUGCUUGGUGGCAGAUGAGGCGAGUGGGUUCGUGUGGAGCGGGCACAAGGACGGAAAGAUUAGAUCGUGGAAAAUUCCGAAGCAGGAGUCGGAGAGUUCUUCGAAGGAAGAGGAUGAGGGAAUUGGAGCUCAAACCAUUGGUGCUGGGACUGGUGAGCCUGGAUCUGUGUUUAGAGAAGGUCUCUCAUGGCAGGCCCAUCGCACUCCUGUGAUAUCCAUGGUCAUCACUUCCUAUGGUGAUUUAUGGACAGGUUCUGAGGGUGGCGUUUUGAAAGCCUGGCCAUGGGAAUCCAUUUCAAAGUCGCUUUCUCUGACAGUAGAAGAAAGACACAUGGCCACUUUACUAGUUGAGAGGUCAUAUAUUGAUCUUAGGAGCCAAGCUACUGUAAAUGGAGUGUGUACCCUUCCGGCUGCAGAUAUAAAGUUUCUGUUAUCUGACAAUUCUAAAUCCAAGGUGUGGAGUGCUGGUAGCAAUACCUUUGCACUGUGGGAUUCUCGUAAAAAGGAGCUUUUGAAAAUAUUUAAUAUAGAUGGUCAGGUUGAGAAUCGGAUUGAUGUAGCAUCUCAGGAGAUCCAUGAGGAGGAUGAGACAAAGGCCAAAUUAUCAAAGAAGGAAAAAUCAGGAUCCAUGAGUUUUUUUCAACGCUCACGAAAUGCCUUGAUGGGUGCAGCUGAUGCUGUUCGGAGAGUUACACAAAAAGGAACAUUCACAGAAGAUAAUCGAAAAACAGAAGCAUUAGCCAUGACGAUUGAUGGAAUGAUUUGGACAGGGUGCUCAGAUGGUUCAAUUGUACGGUGGGAUGGAAAUGGGAAUAGACAAUUUGAAGUUCAGCAUGAUUCUUCUGCAAUAACAAGCAUUUGUGCUUUUGGUACGCGGCUGUGGGUGGGCUAUGUGAGCGGCAACAUUCAUGUUUUGGAUCUAGACGGAUAUUUAAUUGGUGGUUGGGUUGCUCAUUGUGGUCCUCUUAUAAAAAUGGACAUUGGGGCUUCUUAUAUCUUUACUUUGGCAAACCAUGGGGGGAUUCGUGGGUGGAGCCUAACAUCACCAGGUCCAAUUGAUGACAUCUUACGAAUGGAGCUAUCCAGUAAAGAACUCAACUACACAAAAACGGAAAAAAUUAAAAUCUUAGCUGGUACUUGGAAUGUUGGACAAGAAAGAGCAUCUCAUGAUUCUCUUAUUUCAUGGCUUGGCAGCGCUGCGACAGAAGUUGGAUUAGUUGUUGUUGGCCUUCAAGAAGUUGAAAUGGGUGCCGGCUUUCUUGCAAUGGCUGCUGCGAAAGAGACUGUCGGACUUGAGGGGAGUAAUAACGGGCAAUGGUGGUUGGAUACUAUUGGUAAGACCUUAGAUGAAGGAACAUCUUUUGAACGUGUUGGCUCCAGGCAGCUUGCUGGGUUACUCAUUGCUGCAUGGGUCAGGAAAAGCCUUAGACCAUAUGUUGGUGAUGUUGAUGCUGCAGCUGUAGCUUGUGGUUUUGGGCGAACAAUAGGAAACAAGGGUGCUGUUGGAUUGAGAAUGCGUGUUCUUGACAGAGUUCUAUGCUUUGUCAGCUGUCAUUUUGCUGCUCAUUUGGAAGCAGUCAGCAAGAGAAAUUCUGAUUUCAAUCAUGUUUAUAGAAAUAUGUCCUUCACCCGGCCUCCUGUAGAACAAAAUUCUGGAUCAGCUGGUGCUACGUCAGUACAAGUACAUCGUGGAGGGAAUUCUCAGUCAGGAGCCUCUCAAGAUGACGAGAAACCUGAAUUAUCUGAAGCGGAUAUGGUGAUAUUUCUGGGUGAUUUCAAUUAUAGGCUCUUUGGCGUAACUUAUGAUGAAGCAAGAGACAUGAUUUCUCAAAGGUGCUUUGAUUGGCUAAGGGAGAAAGACCAGCUUCGAGAAGAAAUGAAAGCAGGCAAAGUUUUUCAAGGAAUGCGGGAGGCUCAAAUCAGAUUUCCUCCCACCUACAAGUUUGAAAGGCACCAACCUGGCCUUUCGGCGUAUGAUUCUAGUGAGAAGAAACGCAUUCCUGCAUGGUGUGACAGAAUUUUAUACCGUGAUAGUCGUUCAAUCUCUGUGGCUGAAUGCUCGUUGGAAUGCCCUGUUGUCUCUUCAAUUUCACUCUACGAAUCAUGCAUGGAUGUGAUAGACAGUGACCACAAACCUGUUCGAUGCAUAUUUAGUCUUGAAAUUGCGCAUAUCGACUGGAUUGCAUGGAGGCAAGAGUUUGGAAAGUUACUUGCAACACAUGAGAAGAUAAGGUCUUUGCUUAAGGAAUAUAGCAUUGUUCCAGAAACAAUUGUCAGCACAAACAAUAUCAUAUUACAAAAUCAGGAUAUUUCCAUUCUUCGAAUAACUAACAAAUGUGAUGAGCAUGAUGCUUGUUAUGAGAUCAUCUGUGAAGGUCAAUUUACUAUAAAGGAUGAUGGAAGUCCCUCCAAAAUUUGUGCAAAGGGUUCCUUUGGCUUUCCUAAUUGGCUACAGGUUGAGCCUGCUGCCGGAAUUAUCAAGCCUGGGCAGAUUAUGGAAGUCGCAGUCCAUUAUGAAAACUUCUAUACCCAGGAGGAGUUUGUUGAUGGAAUGCCACAUAAUUGUUGGUGUGAGGACACCAGAGAUAAGGAGUUGGUGCUUCUAGUUAAAGUGACUGGCAGCUAUUCUACAAAGUCCAAAUACCACCGGGUCAACGUACGCCAUUUCUACUCGAACAAGGACUCGUCCAAUAAUAUAAAAAAGAGUUUUGAAAGAUUGGAGUCAAACCAAAAUCACCUACAAAGGUCUGAGUUUGCAAACUUUGGCAGUUCGGAUGUGGUGGAUCUAUACCACAUUCACAGCCCAUGAGACAAUAAGAGAGCAAUUGAUGAAGUAAUAACGGGAAAGAAACAAUGGUUUAUGCUACAAUUGUAAGCGUACAUGUUCGAGGAAUGCAUCAAAUAUAGAGAGAGCUUUGUUGUUACUUGAAUUUAUUCUUUUAUGUACAUAAGCCAUCACACGGAAAACAAGUAGAAAAUAUGGGGAAAUUAGAAUAUUUUAAUCCUUUUCCCUGUUUUCUAGUGUUUUUCUGAAGGAAUU